CGCCAGGCGGGGCUGACGGUCCCGGGCGGGCGACCGGGGAAUUUCCAGCCGGGGAGCACUCGGCCCCGGGAAGCGGAGAGAGUCCGCUGGGUGCAUGGAGUGAGCAGAUCACCUUGUGAGCAGUGAACAGAGCAGACUACAUUGAGUAAAGUGGAGGUAAAGUGCUGCUUCACCUGGAAGGUAUCUCUGGGGCCUUGGAUACUGAGGAGGGAGAAAGUAAACAGAUUCAUGAUGGCUGAAGAGGAUACCUAUCGUCUUGGAGUCCCUGAUAUUUAUGGUAUCGAUGAUUAUAAUGCUUUAGAAUUACCCAACGCCAUGUUUACUUCGCCAAUGGGUCCCACAGAUUCUCCACUACAGACACCUGAUGGACCAUACCUACAGAUUCUAGAACAACCCAAACAGAGGGGAUUUCGUUUCCGUUAUGGAUGCGAGGGACCAUCCCAUGGAGGAUUACCUGGUGCAUCGAGUGAGAAAAAUAAGAAAUCCUACCCUACUGUGAAGAUAUGCAACUACGUUGGACAGGCAAAGAUUGUUGUUCAGUUGGUGACCUAUGGGAAGGAUAGUGUGCAUCUCCAUGCUCACAGUCUCGUUGGCAAACAGUGUGAAAAAGGAAUAUGUUUAGUUCAAGUGGGUCCAAAGGAAAUGAUUUCAACAUUUCCGAACCUCGGUAUUCUACAUGUGACAAAGAAGAAUGUUGCCAGUACACUCGAACAGAGAAUGACACAGGCUUAUGUGAUGGGUUAUAAUAAUGGAGUUGUAAUUCACCCAGAAUUAAACCAUCGACACAGCGAGGGUUACGGUCAAAGGGAACUCACAGAACGUGAAAAGGAGUUAAUCCAUCAGGCUUCCAUUCAGCAAGCAAAAGAAAUGGACCUGAGUGUCGUGCGUCUUAUGUUUACAGCCCUGCUUCCAGACAGCAGCUGUCGAUUUACACGUAAAUUGGAACCUGUUAUUUCUGAUCCCAUCUACGACAGCAAGGCACCAAAUGCAUCAAAUUUGAGGAUUGUCAGAAUGGAUAAGACUGCUGGAUGUGUAGUUGGAGGAGAUGAGGUUUACCUACUGUGUGAUAAAGUUCAAAAAGAUGAUAUCCAGGUUCGAUUCUAUGAAGAGGAUGAAAAUGGUGGAAUUUGGGAAGCAUUCGGAGAUUUUGGCCCAACAGAUGUUCACCGGCAGUUUGCUAUAGUUUUUAGAACGCCAAAAUACCGGGACGUGGACAUUUCCAAACCUGCGUCUGUGUUUGUACAGCUUCGUAGAAAAUCUGACAAUGAAACAAGUGAACCAAAGCCAUUCACCUACUACCCACUGAUUAAAGACAAGGAGGAGGUACAAAGGAAACGAUUGAAACUUUUACCAAAUUUCUCUGACCAUUUUGGAGGUGGAGCAGGUUCAGGAGGAGGUGGAGUUUAUGGAGGAGGCAGUGGAGCAGGAGGGGGUUCCAAUUACUUUGCUGGAUUUCAAGGAUAUUCCAACUACAGUAGUUACACAUACACGCCUGGGACAACAAACUCCAGUGCUGGAAUGAAACACGCUGCCAGUUGCCCGACUGAGAAUUGCGAUUGUGUAAAAACAGCUGUGAGCUCCUUACCCAGUGACCAGCCAACAGCCCAGGCUGCAGCUAAAUCCACCGGGACCCUCAGUAACUCAGAUUCUGCAGAUUCAACAGUUACUGUCGAAGAAGCUGAAGCAAAUCAGUGCUUCCUCGAAAAAGCCCUAAGCCUUGCUGAAAGACAUGCCAGUGCCUUGUUGGAUUAUUCUGUAACUGGUGAUACCAAGAUGCUGCUUGCUGUUCAGCGCCACCUUACUGCAGUUCAGGACCAAAAUGGAGAUACAGCUUUACAUCUUGCAAUUAUUCAUUUCCAAUCUGGAGUGGUUCAACAUCUUUUGCAAGUUAUAAUCAGCCUUCCCGGACAAGAUAUCAUCAACAUGAGGAACGAUCUUUAUCAGACACCAUUGCACCUGGCAGUUGUUACAAGACAGGCCAAGGUGGUGGAGUUAUUGCUUCAAGCUGGAGCUGACAUGGGUCUCCUGGAUUGCCAUGGGAACUCUGUUCUACACCUGGCAGCACAGCAGGGAGAUGUGAAGGUGCUCAAUGUCCUCCUAAGCAAAAAGAACAAGACUCUACUAGAACUCCUCCAUUUGCCAAAUAAUGCAGGUUUCAAUGUUGUCCAUCUGGCUGUGUUAGCGAAUAGUCUGUCGUCACUGAGGCAGCUGAUUGCAGCCGAUAUUGAUGUGGAUUCUCUGGAGCAGCAGGCAGGUCGCACUGCACUCCAUCUCGCAGUCGAACAGGAAAACAUCUCCUUGGCUGGCUGUCUCCUCCUGGAGGGCAGUGCAGAAGUUGAUGCCACCACAUUUGAUGGGUCUACAGCACUUCACGUAGCAGCAGGAAGAGGCUAUACCAAACUCUGUGCCUUACUAAUAGCAGCAGGUGCAGAUCCACACAUCGAGAAUCAUGAGCCACUAAAUGACAAAACUGAUGAAUCUGUUGAAGCUGAUGAUGAUGAUGAAGGAAUCUUUCAUGGUACCACACCGUUAGACAUGGCAGCCUCAGAAGAGGUCUAUGAUAUCCUAAAUGGUAAACCAUACCAACCGAAACCUGCACCAGUAGCUCCUUUCCCACAAGGUGACUUAGGUCAGUUGAAUAUAGAAGCAAGGCUGGAGCUGUGUAAACUGUUGGAGGUACCUGAACCCAAUCUGAACUGGAUGGCUCUCGCUCAGAAACUGGGUCUUGGAAUUUUAAUCAAUGCCUUUAAACUCAGCCAUUCCCCAGCAAAAACACUGCUGGAUAACUAUGAGGUAUGUGGUGGCACUAUCCUGGAGAUUCUGGAAACGCUGAAGUCUAUGGGCUACAGCAAAGCAAUUGAUGUUCUUCACAAAGCAAUAGCUAACUCAGCAAGUGCAGAACCAGGCAGAACAAGUAACUCACCAACACCCACUGAACAACCCAACAUUGUUCAGAUUGAUACAAAAUCCCAGCAGUGUGACAGUGUGUGUGACAGCGGAGUGGAGACGUCAUUUAGGAGACUAAGCCACAUGUCAGCAGAAUGUUACAGCAACAACCAGACUUCUUUUGAAUUGUGAACUUUGCGGCAAGGAUAUCAGUACAGUUGAUUAAUCAGGACCAACCAAAGCAAGUGCAAUUAAUGGAUUUCAACCUAGUUUGUAAUCUGUGAGACCUGCGUUGUUCCAGCUAUGAUUAUUGUCAUAAGACAUUAUUUUAACACAGGUCAGUGCUUCGAUUUAAAGACAAGUUCUCAAACUUAAAUAACUAUUAUUCAAUUCCCCUCAGAUUUGUAUGUAUUUUAUAAAAUACACAUGGACCAAAAAAUUAUCAUUUGCAAAGUGAGCAGUCCAAUAUGCUUGAGCUCACCUGUAAAGACCUGAACACACACGUCAAGCCCGACAAUCCCAGUGCAGAACUGAGUGUGCUGCAUUGUCAGAGGUGCUGUCUCUUGAACAAGAUGUUAAACUCAGGUACCAUCUGUCCUUACUGAAGGAUAUAAAAGCUCCUAUGAAAGAGAAUUGGGUACCUUCCCUCCAGUGUCCUGGGCAAUAGCUAUCCCUUAACUAGACUCUGGUUGUAAUCACACACUUUGUGGGAUUAUGCUGUGUAUCCUACAUAUUACAGUGACUGCACUUCUUUGACUGCAAAGCGCUUUGGAAUACCCUGAGACUGUGCGAGGUGCUAGAGAAAUACAGGUCUGUCUUUCUUAGUACUGAUUAGUAUUAACAAAGAGAAGCUUUUCAAGAGUUUGUCUGCGAUCUUUUCAUAUGGCCAUUCAUUUUUUUGCAAAUGCAGAAAAUGAAAACAAUUGAUGGAGUUUUGCUUUGGUAAUCUCUAAGCUGAAUUGUGAUUUUCAUGUUUAAGAAAAAGCUGAUUGUACAUUUUAUCUCAGCUUGUUCUCAAAAUCUUAAAUGGAUAUUUGUAAAUAGUCACAGCAGCUUUGGUUGCCUAAAUUAGUCUUUUUAGAAAAUUUCUUGCUAAAUGUAGUUUAAAUUUUGUGAGCUUUUUUUAAUAAACAAUUAAAAAUUGAACAAAUUGGUAGUUUUAUUCUGCAGCUUGAAUCAUUAAUGUGGUGAUUCUAACUGAAUAUGAAAUCAAACUGGUUCAGAAAUUCCUUAUUCCAUCACUCUUGAAACAUGUCAAAUGUCUUGUACUAAGUUUAUAUACAUGGGGAGUUCAUGAGAAUUAAUGUCAGUUCAUAGAGUUAGAGUUAUACAGGGUCAUGAUACAAAGCCCCAAAGAUCUAAAUUGAAGUCAGUGUGAAUCUGUGUGUACUAAUGUUUUGCAAAAACCUUUUGAAACUGAAACUGAAUAUGCUGAGCAGUGACCUAAAUUUCCAGAAAGGGAAACAGCUAUUACUGUGCCCAUGCCAUCUCCCAUUUUUCAGUGAUAUAGUAAGAUGACCAAAAUACAUCACGAGAGAGAAACAAUAUUAACAUUUCAGGACUGUAACCUUUUGUCUCUACAGGAAAAUGUCAGAUGUUUAAGAGGAAAGAACCAAAAACAAAGGUUCUUAGGUUUAAAGGCAGGAGAAACAAUAUGAAGAGCAAAAUCAUUACCAAAACUCUGUCUGCAGAGAUUCAAGCAGUUUCUGAACAAAGUGUUGAUGCUAGUUGUAAGUAAAUGGCUUAGUUGAGGCUGUCUUUCAAGCUUCACUGAAAACAUGACCUUCAGCAUUUUUACUUUCAAUCUCA